AUGGCCUUUAGUCAGGAAUGUUUUCAAGGAAGUUGGGCUACUCACAAAUUACUGCAUAAGAAAGCAAAAGAUGAAAAGGCAAAGCGAGAAGUGUCUUCCUGGACUGUAGAAGGUGAUGUUAACACUGACCCAUGGGCAGGUUAUCGGUAUACUGGUAAACUCAGACCACAUUAUCCACUGAUGCCAACAAGGCCUGUGCCAAGUUAUAUUCAAAGACCAGAUUAUGCUGAUCAUCCCUUAGGAAUGUCUGAAUCUGAACAGGCUCUUAAAGGUACUUCUCAAAUUAAAUUACUGUCCUCUGAAGAUAUAGAAGGGAUGCGACUUGUAUGUAGGCUUGCUAGAGAAGUUUUGGAUAUUGCUGCUGGGAUGAUUAAACCAGGUGUAACUACUGAAGAAAUAGAUCAUGCUGUACACUUAGCAUGCAUUGCAAGAAAUUGCUAUCCUUCUCCCCUGAAUUAUUAUAAUUUCCCAAAGUCUUGUUGUACCUCAGUGAAUGAAGUCAUCUGCCAUGGAAUUCCAGACAGACGGCCCUUACAAGAAGGGGACAUUAUUAAUGUGGACAUCACUGUUUAUCGCAACGGUUAUCACGGGGACCUGAGUGAGACUUUUUUUGUUGGCGAUGUGGAUGAGGGAGCACGGAAGCUUGUCCAGACCACUUACGAGUGCCUGAUGCAAGCCGUUGAUGCAGUGAAACCUGGUGUUCGAUACAGAGAAUUGGGAAAUAUUAUUCAGAAGCAUGCCCAAGCAAAUGGGUUUUCAGUUGUUCGAAGCUAUUGUGGGCAUGGAAUCCAUAAGCUUUUCCAUACAGCCCCCAAUGUACCCCACUAUGCCAAAAAUAAAGCAGUUGGAGUGAUGAAGUCGGGUCAUGUAUUUACAAUUGAGCCAAUGAUUUGUGAAGGUGGGUGGCAGGACGAAACUUGGCCAGAUGGUUGGACUGCAGUGACAAGAGAUGGAAAGCGCUCUGCUCAGUUCGAGCACACCCUGCUGGUCACGGACACUGGCUGUGAUAUUCUCACCCGGCGACUCGACAGUGCACGACCUCACUUCAUGUCCCAAGUUUAAUUUCUCCCAUGUCGGCACAUCUCAGUGAUGCCUUCUUACUGUACUUUGAGUUUUGCUGAGAGUACAGAAAGGAAGAGGAUCCUUUUUUUAAAUCACUUGUUUUGUUUUGAUUAUAGUUAAGAAAGGACUACAGCAUUUGAUGUGUGUCCUCAGGAACUUGUCUGGGUUCUGAAAAAACUGAGAAGAAUAAAGGAAACAUUGCUCUUUCCAGUGUGCCCCCAUCUCUCUUCACACCUGUUUUCUCAUUUGCCCUUUGAGCACUUUUACUUAAACCUAUUUCUCGCUGUUUUUAUCACUGUCAUAAACCAGCCAUCAAGAGCCAGCUGCUUUCCAGGUGAACAUCAGAGAUGAGAAUCCUUGAAACUUUAGCAAUAUUGUUGUACUAGAUUUAAAAAAAUUAUAUAUAUGGAAAAAUAUAUGUGUACAUUUUAAGUUCCAUAUGGGUAAUUACCAAACACUAUGUGACCUGGGGUUUGUGUUGGUUCUACUCUGACUGGGUAAUAUGCCAUCAUAAAUGGACCCAUAGUUUGUAGUAAUUUAAUUCCUCAUUGGGAAUUGCUCCUACCCCCUGCUUCCUGUGUAAUUAUUUACCCUUAUAACUAGGCAGAAGGAAGCACUCACACUUUCUCCUGUGUGGACUGUGUGUGUGUGUCAGUGAAUAAAUGUGGUAAAAGUCACUUUGGAAGAAGGUUAUCAGGCUUUUAAAAGUUUAAUUUAUGGCAAAAAUAGCCAUGCUCCAAGCAGUGGCUGGCUAAUGCAAAGCAUGGGAAUUUCAUAUAAUACACUGCUAUUUCAGACUGCUGUUUGGUCAGAAACGGUAGUGGAAAAGUCCCCCUUUUCCCCUUCUCUAUUUCAAGGGCAUUCCUUGGAGAUGCUGAGGAUGCUGGAGGUUGCACUGUGGAGGAGCAUGGGGAAAGAGUUCUGAAGUCUCCAGCUGUGAGCAUAGUAGGUCAAGUGGGCUGGUAGACACUGUCAUUUAGUAACCUUGACGGUUAUCAGCAAGAAACUUUGAGUCUUAUAACCUUGCGGUAGGGAUGCAGCUAUCCUAGGGAUGUGCUGAGACACUUCUCAUCUUUAUAUAGUUGGGAACCCCAUUAGAAAUGGCCUCAGCUGCCCAAUAUCUGUGUUCCUUUCAGCGGUUGCCCAAAUAGGAGUGUCUCCAGUGAAGACAUAUCAGAUCAUAAAGUCAUUUUCAUUAGAGUGUACUUCAUUAUUGGAUAUCUGAUGACUUUCUUGUAAUAUAAUUUGAUACCACUACACAUUAUAUUUGUAAGAGAACAUCUUUCCCAGAGUGCCUCAGACCUUAUUGCUUUAAAAUAAUUAUAAUAAUGUUUUCAUUACUUUUAUUAUUUUAACAAUUUAGUAAAGUUGACUGAAUCUGCUAUAGAAUUUUGGGGGUAUGUGUGUGAAGUUUUUAUCACACAGUCAUAUUUGUGGAUGGAAUGCCUUGCAAUAUGAAUGUUAAUAUAAUGUGUAAAGGGAGAUUAAAAUGUUUGGAUGAUUAUCUCA